GAAAACCCACUUUCCCAACCCUCACUUUCUGCCAAACACCCCCCAGCGACAAGCAAUCAAAAGCAGCAAGAGAGAGAGAGAGAGAGAGAGAGGAGAGGAGACAGAGAGAGAGAGAGAGAGAGAGAGAAAGAGUACACCUUGCCAAAAAAGACAGCUUUCAAAACCCUCUCUCUAACGGCAAAUAUCAAAAUCCCUUCGCCUUUUCCCUCCUUCAAAAGGAUCUGGAUCUUGACUGACAACUGAUGAAAUCUGAUUUUGAUGAGAGCGCGUUUGGGGUUUUAAUUCUCUUUUAAUGGCGUAGAGAUCUGCUGAUUCAACUGCGAAUCUGCGGAUUGUCAGCUGCCCGCCGAAAUGCAGGCGGCUUCGGUGGAGACGGAUUCUGUAUCGUCGUCGAUUGACGGGCAGAUUCCUUCAACGGCGGCCGCCCCUGACACGCGUGGCAAGCAUCGGAUUCUCGCGGAAUUGAAGCGGUUGGAGCAGGAAGCAAGAUCUCUUGAGGCUGGCCAGUACUGGUGUACAUCUGAUCCGACUUCAAGUUUGCAGAGAUCAAGCUCCAUCCUCAUCAACAGUCAAAAGGAAUGUCUUUCCAUUCAGGGUGAGCUGGAAGAGCUCGAGAGAACGGACAGGGUUUCGGCUGCAUGUCAGGAAUUGCUGCCGAAUGUUGAAAACAGACCGGACCCGCUCCUCCCAGUAACGAACGGCCCAGCAGACCCAUCUUGGGACCGAUGGUUUGAAGGGCCGCAAGAAUCGCAAGGUUGCAGAUGUUGGAUUCUCUGAUGGCCUGAUUCAGCCUUAGCCGUUUGUUUCCAGGGCUCCAAAUGACAUCUUGUUUUAGACUCUUCCUUGAUAUUUGUACACCAAUUUAGAACGUUUGCUCCAUUGUUUGAGGCCAUUGUAUCAAUAUUCUCAUUAAACAAAACCAUAUUGAUGGAUAACACAAGAUUAAAAAAAAAAAAAAAAAAAAAAAAUCUUCUUUCUCA